UCCGUCGUCCUGUUGCCCCUGCCGCCGCCGCUGCGGACGCCACCUGAGAUAGCCGCCGCUGCGGGACGCGACUAGACCUGACCGGACUGCGCCACCCGAAGCCAUCCCGGGACCCAGCCGCCGCCAGGGGGGUGCCGAGCAACUUCGGUUGGUCAGCACAUUGAUGAAAGUUGCCUCUUGACAUUGCUGCAGCCAUGGCCAACUGGUAGGACCAGCAUCCUAUACCCCAAAGCCAGGAGUACUGCAAAGAGAAGGACACUCAGUCUGGGGUCUUUGAAGGCCCAGGGAGCUCCUUACCGAGUAGCAGGGCCUGGAGCCCAUCCUGAUAAGUUCAGAAUGACGGAAGAAGCAUGCCGAACACGGAGUCAGAAACGAGCACUUGAAAGAGACCCAACAGACGAUGAUGUGGAGAGCAAGAAAAUAAAAAUGGAGAGAGGAUUGUUGGCUUCAGAUUUAAACCCUGACGGAGACAUGAGGGUGAUACCUGAGCCAGGAGCAGGCCCAGCCCAAGGAUUGCAGAGGGCAACAGAGGCUAUGGGCAGAAGUGAAGGACUGGUGGGUGAUGGGCCUGUGGAUAUGCGCACCUCACAUAGUGACAUGAAGUCCGAGAGGAGACCCCCAUCACCUGAUGUGAUCGUGCUCUCUGACAACGAGCAGCCUUCCAGUCCUCAGGUGAAUGGACUGACCACGGCAGCCUUGAAGGAGACCAGCACCGAGGCACUCAUGAAAAGUAGUCCUGAAGAACGAGAAAGGAUGAUCAAGCAACUGAAAGAAGAGUUAAGAUUAGAAGAAGCAAAACUGGUUUUGUUGAAAAAGUUGCGGCAGAGUCAAAUACAAAAAGAAGCUGCCACCCAGAAGCCCACAGGCUCUGCAGGGAACACCGUGACCACCCCUCCCCCGCUCGUGCGGGGCACGCAGAACAUUCCUGCUGGCAAGCCCUCACUUCAGACCUCUUCAACUCGAAUGCCUGGCAGUGUUAUCCCUCCGCCCCUGGUUCGUGGUGGGCAGCAGGCGUCAUCGAAGCUGGGGCCACAAGCAAGCUCACAGGUUGUCAUGCCUCCGCUUGUCAGAGGGGCUCAGCAAAUCCACAAUAUCAGACAACAUUCCAGCACUGGGCCGCCGCCCCUCCUCCUGGCCCCUCGGGCAUCUGUGCCCAGCGUGCAAAUUCAGGGACAGAGAAUCAUCCAGCAGGGCCUCAUCCGUGUUGCCAAUGUCCCCAACACCAGUCUGCUCGUCAACAUCCCACAGCCCACCCCAACAUCGCUGAAGGGAUCUACAGCCACCUCUGCUCAGGCUAACUCCACCCCUACCAGCGUGGCCUCCACAGUCACCUCUGCUGAGUCUCCAGCUAGCCGACAGGCAGCUGCCAAGCUUGCACUGCGCAAACAAUUGGAAAAGACGCUGCUUGAGAUUCCCCCUCCCAAGCCUCCUGCCCCAGAGAUGAAUUUCCUGCCUAGUGCUGCCAACAAUGAGUUCAUCUACCUGGUCGGCCUGGAGGAGGUAGUACAGAACCUACUGGAGACUCAAGCAGGCAGGAUGUCGGCCGCUGUCAUGCUGUCCAGGGAGCCCUACAUGUGCGCCCAGUGCAAGACUGACUUCACGUGCCGCUGGCGGGAGGAGAAGAGUGGCGCUAUCAUGUGUGAAAACUGUAUGACGACCAACCAGAAGAAGGCACUCAAGGUGGAGCACACCAGCCGACUGAAGGCUGCCUUUGUGAAGGCGCUGCAGCAGGAGCAGGAAAUUGAGCAGCGGCUCCUGCAGCAGGGCGCAGCCCCCUCACAGGCCAAAGCUGAGCCUGCCGCAGCCCCACAUCCCGCACUGAAGCAGGUCAUAAAACCUCGGCGUAAGUUGGCGUUCCGCUCAGGAGAGGCCCGCGACUGGAGUAACGGGGCCGUGCUACAGGCCUCCAGCCAGCUGUCCCGGGGCUCUGCCAUAACGCCCCGUGGUGUCCUACACACAUUCAGCCAGUCACCCAAACUGCAGAAUGCAGCCUCAGCCACAGCCCUGGUCAGCAGGACAGGCAGACAUUCCGAGCGAGCUAUGAGCGCUGGCAAGGGCAGCGCUACCUCCAACUGGAAGAAGACACCCCUCAGCACAGGUGGGACCCUAGCAUUUGUCAGCCCAAGCUUGGCAGUGCACAAGACCUCUUCGGCUGUGGACCGCCAGCGAGAGUACCUCCUCGACAUGAUCCCACCUCGCUCCAUCCCUCAGUCAGCCACGUGGAAAUAGUGCGAGUCAGGCCCAGCAGAGGACAGGCUCCUUCCUCCUUCCCACGUGGCCCUGGUCUAGAAGUACACACCAAUCUAGAAGUACAUGCUGCUCCACCCUCUGCUUGUUUGGAAAAACACCAUGCUGGCACCAGAGAACACUGCAGAUGACAGGCCCAGAUUCCUGGCUGCAAAGUCUCAGCAUGGCUGGGGGACGGGGUGGAGCUGGAGCUGCCUCAUAGGUGGACAAAGGUCAUGACUGAGGGACCUUUCCCAUGGGCUAUCUUCCUUUCUCUCUUUGCCUUUAGUUUGCCCGACACCAGCAGAAAACGUGGACAUUGGGGGCUGGUCCUGCUCCCGGCCCCCUUGUUCGGCCCCUGGCAGGUGCACGGGCAGCUCACCCUGGACACUGUGAUGAGCUCGGGCGAGGCUGGCGCCCAGGGCUUCUGAACCAAGUGGGGCGUUUUUUGUUUUUGCUUUUCCCUGUCUUAGCCUCCCAAUCUCUGACUGCCUUUCUCCAUGACAAUUUAUAGGUCGAAAGAUUUUUUUUUUUAAUCACCUCAUAAUGAUGGAGUUAAAAGUAAACUGUGCGGACACCAAGGUCCCUGUCGUGCACGGAGUUGUCCCACUAGCCCCAUGGUCUAGAGGGUGGGUCCCUGAUGGCAGCAGGGGCUGCCAGUCUGCCCCAGUGACUUAUGGAAGCAGGGAUGGCCAACAGAGCCCUGGCUCUAGCCGAAAACCUCCGUUGCUGCUCGUUCAGGUGAACCCCCGGACCUCCCUCACUUAGCAGAAGAACAAACUGAAAACCAGAUCCAGCCACAGAACCAGGGAUUCCGGAAGCAGCGAGCUGCCCACAAAGGAGGGAAGAGAGAAUGGAGUUGGCGGCACUGCCCAGAAGUCUGAGCAAGAAGUUGGAAGGAUGGGCUGUUAUGGGGUUUCUUUUUUGUUGUGGCUUAUUUUAUUAAAGUUUUUUUUUUUUUCUAUUCAUCUUGAUGGACACGAUUUUAAGCUAUUCUGGCCAUGCUCCUCUCAGGUGAGCAUGCACAGUGUGUCCAGGAGGCACAGUCCAGGUGUGUGGUGAGCUGCUGCCCCCAGAUGCUAGGAUUUCCGUUUGGGUCUAGUUUAGAAUCUUUCCUUAAAACUGGGGGUUGUUGUCAGGGUUUGUGUUCAAAAAAAAAUUUUUUUUUUGUACUCCCUUUAGAGUCUACCGAAAUGUUUUUUAAAAGAUCAGGUCUGCUUUUAGUUUUAUUUUUGUUUCUCUUUCCCUUCCCACUCUUUAAAAAUUGGUUCAGUGAGGAAAGGCAGAAGCUGUCGUCUGUCUGAAGGCUUCAUGCCACUGCAAGGGUGUCUCAUAUCUGCACAUGCCCGUGUGUCUCCACAAGUAUGGAGUUUGGUACCCUGUUCCGCUCCAGCCCUAGUUUUUCUAUUGAUGCAGUUAGGGACUUUAAUUUAAAAUCCUUCUUUUGUGAGGCUGAUGCCUUCCAAUACAACUGCUACAACAUUCUAAUAAAGGCUCAUUUAACCCCCUUGCUCCUCUUGUGUGAAUAUCAUCAGUCUUUAGAAAGCAUUUUUGACAUGCAGUAGAAAGCCUAGUUUUGGAAAAUGUUCUUUUUUGUUGUGCAAACCCCUGAAUUUCUCACUGAUUUUUGUUCUAAGUGCAUAACUUAGGUGAGCUGAAAGAGGUGAGGGGAGGGUGGAGAAGGGUGGUUUUCAUUCCAAGAUCCAGGGAUUUGGGGUAAGGAGGGAAAUUAAUGUUUUGGAGGGAGGGAAGGGUGUGUUUUUACACCAAAAAAAAAAAAAAUCAAGAGUAUGCAAGCAUUUCUAUUCCUCGCAUUUUUCUGUGUGCCUGGCAAAUAAAUACUUGUCU